AUGGGCAAUUCAAAAAAAUCACAUAAAAGCGGAAGUGCUAAAAGAAAAAAGAAGGAGAAAGAUUUGCUAAGAAAGGAAGCACAAAACCCCAAUCAAAAAAAAUUAAAUUUUGUAAAAUCAAAUGUCAAUGCUUUAAAGCAAUACAAUGAAAAAAUUCAAGUUAAUACAGUUGAAGACAUUGAAAAUGUUGAUACCAUCACAACAGUUGGAACCUGUUCAAAUAUUGAUAACGGUGACAGUGAUCUUAAAAAAUAUUACAGUACUGUUAUUGAAAAUGAAAGAGAAAAGCUGAAUAGUGAUGAUGAUGUCAAUGCUUUAAAGCAAGACAAUGAAAAAAUUCAAGUUAAUACAGUUGAAGACAUUGAAAAUGUUGAUACCAUGACCAUUUUACUGACUAUGAUUCAAUAGAUGAUCCUAUUAUAGAUCCAUUACGUGCAUAUGAAAUCAAUGUUUACAACCUAGUGUUUGAUACUGUCAUUGAAAGUAUUUCAUCAAGAUUUGAAAAACAUGAACAACUAUGUGCCGAUUUUUCUUGUCUCGAUCCAAACAAUUUUCAACCAGAUUUACCACUUCCAACAAAUGCUUUAGUAAAAAUAUAUGAAAAAAUCAGAAAUUUUAUACCGGACAUAACUUAUGAUGAUUUUAGAAAUGAAUAUGUUGAUUUUACAUCUAAAUGGAGAGAGUUGAAAAAAACCAUUGCUUGUGUUUAUGAUGAACUAAAUAAUCAAGUUCCUGAUGAUGGUAAUGAUUCUGAAAAUGGAUACAAGAGUGAUGAUGAUAUUAUAGUAUGUGUGCAUAGUUCCAGUGCCAAGUAUUGUGUUACAUGCUGUUUUGAAGUGUUGGUGAAAUAUAAUUUAUACGCAAAUACAUA